GAGCGCGUGCGCAUUGCUUACCUUGGAGACGAAAGUUUCGAAAAACUACAACAACAAAGCAUACACAGUAUAAAGAGUUAAACAUACUUGAGUUUGGUUUAAUAACACAUAACAAUGGCGGAAACAACGGAGGAAAAGAAAGAUACGGGAGAUGCGAAAAGAGUUCACACAUACCCUUUGAUUAGGCACUCUGAUAUGAAUGAUGAAAUGAAAACAGAAGCCAUGGAAUUGUGUGUCACAGCAUGUGAAAAGUUCUCACAAAAUAAUGAAAAUGCUGCAAAAAUGAUUAAAGAAACAAUGGACAAAAAGUUUGGUGCUUCAUGGCAUGCGGUCGUAGGGGAAGGUUUUGGUUUUGAGCUUACACAUGAAGUUAAAAACUUACUGUACAUGUUCUUUGGAGGAAAUCUUGCUAUUUGUGUGUGGAAGUGUUCUUAAAAACUUUUAUAUACAAUUUAUGAAAGUGUUUGAUUAUGGUUUGUUAAUUCCAGCUGAAACAUAUUGCAACAUACAUAGAAUGUAUUAUACAGUAAAGUGUCAAAUUAAGUUUUUAUUUGAGAGAGUUUUACAUUAAACUUUCGUCAUUUCUUCAGUGAAAAUGGUUAUUCAUAUUUAAACUUUUUUCCUACAAGUAAAAGUUCAGUCUGGUUAUACAUAUAAAAAAAAGAAGUCAGCUGGAAUUAAUUUAUUAUAACCAAAAAUUGUUGUGAUAGCAAAUAAUUUCUGGAAAAAGUACCAUCUAACAGUUCAAUUUGUGACAGUUGUUAUAACAUCUGACAGAUCUCAUCAUCUGAUUUACGUGAAUGAAAUAUUUGUGUUCCAGAAAAACGAUACUGAAAUAUUUUAAAGAGAUUAAUUAAUCAAAGUCAAGUAGUAUUAAAUUAUAACUACAUAGUUAAAUACUGCCAAAUAAUGAGGUUUGUUCUUGGCAAUGUCAUAUCAAUUUGCAUUUUUUAUGUUGAGGCAGGAAUGCUUUAAUUCCGACAUUUUUUCUUAUAUUUUUAGGAUAGGUCAUUAAGUAAAUAAUUUAAUGUAUUGGCAGUGUUUUUUUAAAUGGUUCAUGUGUGUGUAUCUUAUUUUCCAUAAAUUUUUUAUUACAUUCCAAAAAUUACAUAUCCAAAAUGUUACUGUAUAUUUUUAAGUGAUCUACGCUUUUUUAUUUUGCUAUGAUCAUCGUAAAAAAAAAUCCACUCACUACUGGAUUAAAGAUGUGAUAUUUGUACAUUAAUUCCUGUAUACAUUAUCUUAUUCUGUAAGGACAGGAAUUUGUGUUGUUUAACCCAUCAGUCUCUGCUCCUUGUUCUUUAUGUUGAGACAUACAGUUUUAUAUGUUAUUAUUAAUAAAUUCAUAAUAUUUCUA